AUACCUGCUGUGAGAUGCAGCUCAUUCGCACAAGUAAAACAGACCAGCAGUUUCAUCUCAUCUUUCUUUUCUUAUUGUUUGUGUUCUAUUCUAUUUCAUACACGGACAUUAUUACACGACAGUACGGUAAUUUCAAUGUGGGAUUAUCUGUAACUUUGGAAAUAUCAUUGAAGCAUUUCGAAAAACCUUAUCGACAGUGAUGAACUGAGGUGAUGACGGACUAUUUUCGCUGAAGAUCAGAGGAGCGUAAACUCAGAUCCGAGACAAAACGUGGGGCACCACAUCUUGAGGCAGCAGCCAUCUCUUUAAUUCACUGGUGUCUGACUUAUUAUAAUAAUGUCAAAACAUAUAGUGAAUUUUGUCCGAUAUGUCUAUGUGCUUUCAGUUUUAUUCCUUCCAAUUUUGAUUGCGACAGAAUCAACCAUUAAGCCUGCAGUAACAACAGCAAGUGCAACAGAACGCACCAGUGUAAACACAACUGUCUCUGUAACAGGACAAAACCCAGGAUCUCCAACUCCAGAAUCAACACCUAGUCUGGUAUUUACAACAACAUAUGCAACAGACACCAAUGUAAACACACCUGCCUCUGUGACAGGACUAAAUGCAGGAUCUCAAACCUCAGAAUCAACCCCUAGUCCAGUAUUUACAACAACAUAUGCAACAGACACCAAUAUAAACACACCUGUCUCUGUGACAGGACUAAAUGCAGGAUCUCCAACCCCGGAAUCAACCCCUAGUCCAGUAUUUACAACAACAUAUGCAACAGACACCAAUGUAAACACACCUGUCUCUGUGACAGGACUAAAUGCAGGAUCUCCAACCCAAGAAUCAACCCCUAGUCCGGUAUUUACAAAAGCAUAUGAAACAGACACAAAUGUAAACACACCUGUCUCUGUGACAGGACAAAAUGCAGGAUCUCCAACCCCAGAAUCAACCUCUAGUCCGGUAUUUACAACAACAUAUGCAACAGACACCAAUAUAAACACACCUGUCUCUGUGACGGGACAAAAUGCAGGAUCUCCAACCCCAAAAUCAACCCCUGGUCCGGUAUUUACAACAACAUAUGCAACAGACACCGAUGUAAACACAGCUGUCUCUGUGACAGGACAAAAUCCAGGAUCUACAACCCCAGAAUCAACCCCUAGUCCGGUAUUUACAACAACAUAUGCAACAGACACCGAUGUAAACACAGCUGUCUCUGUGACAGGACAAAAUGCAGGAUCUACAACCCCAGAAUCAACCCCUAGUCCGGUAUUUACAACAACAUAUGCAACAGACACCAAUGUAAACACACCUGUCUCUGUGACAGGACAAAACCCAGGAUCUCCAACUCCAGAAUCAACCCCUAUGCCAGUAUUUACAACAACAUAUGAAACAGACAGCAAUGUAAACACAACUCUCUCUGUGACUCUAAUUAAUAAACUAGAAAUAACAACUGUCAGUGAAACAGAACCAGCAGCUACUUCUGCAGUAGAUCUGCCUGCUACUAGUUCAGAAAUAUCCAGAAAAGAGCUCACAGAACAGGAAUCAACAGAGUUACCAACCAGUGACCUACAGUCAACAAAAGCAAGUAUAACAGAAUUGGAAAUAGGCACAAAUGAACAAGCCCAAGAAAAAAGCACUGUUGCUGGGGACUUCAUAAAUGACACAAGUGAACCAGACCAAGGAAUAAGCACUGUCACAGAGGAAACAACUGAUGAUGAACUAACCACUAUAAAAGAGGAUGCCACAACAUCAAAAUUGACAAGUGUUGAAUCUGUAACUCAGUCAAUGACAGAAUCACAGACUGAUGCCUCGAUAUACAGUGUAACAACAGGUACAGAGGGAGUUGUCAGUAGAACAGUAACAUCAUUUCUUGGUACUACUGUGACAACACAAAUGGCUGACCAGACAACUGUGUCUAUAGUCAUGCCAACAUCAACAUAUUUGACAAGUGAUUUGGGAAGUGAUAGAAUGGAUACCACUUUUGGUCCCAAACCAUCAGCCUCAGAUGUUGUUUUAACAACAGAAGUUGACUUUGCAACUACAGGUGAUGUUGACGAUGUAACAGAAUCAAGUGUUGCUAUGACAACUGAAGCAUCUAUGAUUACUGAUAAUGUUACUGCAGGUACAAAGGACUUUCCAGAUAGAAUAUUAACAUCGUUUACAGAACCUUCUGUAGUCAUGACAACUGAUGAUGAUAAUGAUGAUUCAGUAUCAUUAGUUGGAACUACAACGUCCUCAGGUGCCAGUACAAAACAAGAAACCUUAACAACUCAAGAUGAUGGUGGCAUUGAAUCCCAGUCUGUAAUGACAACAGCUUUCCCGGUUGAUAUUACCACAAACAUAAGUGUAACAAGUAAACCAGAUGAUGUUAGAUUGACAACAGAACAGCCACCAAUAGUGUCAACAAUCUCACCAGAGUAUGUCACUAAAUCUGAUACCCUGACACCAACAAGUAUAAAUCUUCCAAAAGGGCCAACAUCAACAUCCUCAGUAACCUCCCACAGUGCUACAGAACAUGUUACUCAAUCAGAACAAAGAACAACACAGCCUCAGAUGACGAAAACACAGACACCCAUUCAGAGCACGACAAGAAAGCCCCCAACUGAAAUUCAUCCAGAUGAACUAAGUACUGAAGAAAAAUCAAAUUGUGUUGUGAACGCUGAAAUAAAGUCUAUAAUGAAAGAAGAGUGGCCUGACUUUAAAUUCAGAGACUUUGUGGCAUCCCUUGAUAUUGGGACUCCGACAAGGAAACGGAGACAGGCUUCAAGCGUUAAUUCAAAGAUAACGGCUGAUGAUGUAAUAUAUGUAAAACCAACACCUCAACAGAUUGGCGAUGAUCUUGAAAUUCAGUUUGUUGUUAAAUCAGGUACUUCAUACGUUCAAGGUAAAACUUUAACUGAACAACUAAAUAAAAAUAGGGAGCAGAUAAAAUCAAAGGUUGGAAUUGUGCUAGGUGCCUUGAGUGUUGGAAUACCAGUGGAAAAGCCAAAAUCAGGGGAAAAUAGCAGUUCUUCCGAUAAGAACUCCAGCGUGUUUGUAGCUGUCAUCACUAUUGCCUGCGUAUCUCUUGUAAUGCUCAGUGCUGGAUUAGUUUACAUCGUCUGCGACAGAAGACGAGCACGGAGGGGGGAGUACAUAACGGACAACAGCUCAGAGGUAGAUGGUGGGUAUGACAACCCCCUUAUGAAUGAGAAGAAGGGUACAAAUGGCAAUGGCGUCCAUCUCGUGAAAGUAGACACCGCUAUGGUACCAAUGGAGGAACAGGCAAAUGGAGAUAAAGGAAAAUUUGAAGUGGAGGAUACGCAUCUGUGAGGGUCGUGUGACUUGCUGGGAAUAUUUUUAAUCAGAUCCCAAAGUUUUCUAUCAUAUAAUUACAAGAAAUUGUAGAUGAAAAUACCUUAAAAAUAUUUUAUGCAACUCAUUCAAAUCAUUGCUAUUAAAUUUAUUUUUUUAUUGAUAUUUAUUAAUAUAACAUUAUUUGACAGUUCAAAACCUACCAAUAUGGAAUCGAGACUGUCAUGUACAGUAGUUCAUGCGCAUGUUUUGGUGAAAAUAAAACCCCUCAAAUUCACAAGAUUUCAUGUGAUUUUUACAGUAUGAGAGUGCAAUUUUUAGGAAUUUACCAACAUACCAACCCUUGGUUGGAUGUCGAUGUAUUAAAGACAUGUUUGUAUUGGAUAAAUUCUGACUCAAGAUGGAAGGUAUGUUUACCUUUAGUCAAAUCAUACUGAUGUUCGCACGAGAGUGCAAGUGGGUACGGUCGGGCACUACCCGGAAAUUAGGAGAAUUUUAGAGGCUUAUUUAAUUGAUUUUAAAGUAAACUAACAUGUAAAAACAUAGCAGAAUGACAAAUAGGAUUUUCCACAUGCGUCGUCAGUCUAUUUGCGGAUAUAUUCUGUGAAAAGUCAGCAGAAUUUAUUUGUUGUACUUUUGACAGAUGGUAAUCUAGGGCUUUGAUGUAAGAAUAAUUGUUAAAUUUAAUAUCUUAUUAGUUAUUUUUAUUAAUAUAAUUAUUAUUAUUUUAUCAAUAUUAAGAAUAUGUAUUUAUAUAUACAUAUUUCUAAGUAAAUAAUUGAUUGAAUUUUAUAACACUGAUUAUAAAUAUGCAAAUGAAUGAUAUUUGUUUAAAUUAUAUAGUUUUACCAUUAUGUACAUAAAUUGUGAUGGAAAAGAAAGGCUGCAUCUAUUGACAACAAAACACAGUAAAAAAUCUUGGGAGUGGUGAGUGAUGCAGAUCUUAGCAUGACUUAAUUUUGUUGUACGAUUAACAGGUAUUUGAGAGGGCUACAUAGAAUUAGAAAGUUUGUAGACCAUAAGACCUGUGCUGAAGCCACCAGAUCGCUCAUUUUAUCAAGACUAGACUAUUGCAAUUCUUUGUUAGUACGUACU